UGACGCAUGUUUUGUAGCCCUCAGUUUAAAAAACACGAAUUUAGGAGUCGAGACAAUUUCGGAUGCCAUGUUCUAAAGUGAAGAGUAUAUCAGAGUUAGAGUUCUGCAUCGAUCGAAAGAAAUAGUUGGGCGGUACAAUGUGUGGACCAUAAGGUAGAUGAGGCAAAACUACGCAACUAGAUUUUUCUAAAUAGUUUUCAGAGGUAUUGCAACUAGGCGGUGUCAUGAUAGAAUAUUACUCUUUUAUAUCUGGCCGCAUUUCGGUCAAUGUUCGAAUCAGUAGCAUUCGGUACAGAUUCCCUGCAGCUCAUAUACAUAUGAUCUUUUAGUCUUCUUUAAUAGUAUUCAAGUAUCAUUUUCAAGAACUCUAGGCUUCAAUUUACUUUAGGUUAAAGAACUAGUUCAAAAUUUAGUUACAAAUUUAGACCUAAACUAAAAACAAACAUACAUUGGCGGGCACAAAAGUGGUUAUAGAUUCAAAUCAUCCUAAAUGAACCUUUACUAAAAGCCCGAUUAGUCACAAUUUGUGAAUUAUUUACAAAUUCUACAGAUAUACAUACAUGGAGGUUAUUUCUAGUGAUACAAUAUGUAUUAAACGGUUUACGAUAGUUUUAUAUUUUUAUUUUUGUUGUCGAAAGAAUUUCUAAUCCUAGAAAAUAUGCCAAUGUCAAUGAGUAAAAGUAUACAUACAAACAUACAUAUGUAUGUAUCUAUACAUAUCAACUCAUGUAAUCGGAUGGAUACACCGGCAAUAACCCCCUCAAAAUAAGAAAGAGAACAAACUGUAAAAACAUGUCAGUAUAGAGUUGACAGUCAAGAAAAGCAAUUUUGAUUUAAGAGAAAUUCUUGUGUGUGUGUGUUUGUUCUUAAACAAUUUGAAUAAAAAUAUAACAGAAAUUAUGGAUUUUUCCAUAAUUUUAUUUGCAAUUAGUAUUUGCAUAAUUUUUAUUAAAUCGAAAAAGUUUUAUACAUGGCUUUACUUAAAAUUUAAAAUAAAUCAACAAAUAAAGGUCAAAUACAAUUCGAAAAAGUAUGAUCCUGAAUCUAAACGUAUCGAUGGCUCUGGUCGCUGUUAUCCCCAUUGUGACUCUACGGUUUGGUUAAGAUCCUGUAGUCAAGAGAUUAUCGAACCUAUAGAGGGUCAUGUUAUUGGUAAAAUUCCUACUUGGAUUAAUGGUUCAUUGUUGCGUAAUGGUCCGGGCAAUUGGCAGGUGGGUGAUAUGACAUUUCAACAUUUAUUCGAUUGUUCUGCGCUAUUGCAUCGUUUUGCCAUACACAAUGGUCGUGUUACAUAUCAAAAUCGUUUUGUUCAAACCGAGACACUAAAGAAAAAUAAUGCCGCCCAGAGAAUAGUGGUCACGGAGUUUGGUACCGCUUCGGUACCAGAUCCUUGUCAUUCGAUAUUUGAUAAAGUUUCGGCUAUAUUUCGUCCUGAUAGUGGCUCGGAUAAUUGUAUGAUUUCUAUUUAUCCCUUUGGUGAUGAAUUUUAUACCUUCACAGAAUCUCCCGUGAUUCAUAGAAUAAAUCCCCGCACAUUAGCUACCGAAGGACGUUUAGUUAUCACCGACUUUGCCGGUGUAGUAAGUCACACAUCACAUCCCCAUGUAAUGCCCAAUGGAACUACUUACAAUUUGGGUAUGGCCACCACAAAAUCUGGACCUGCUUACAGUAUAAUAUGUUUUCCACAUGGUGAAAAUAUGUUUGAGAAUGCCUAUGUUAAGGCGCAUAUACCAUGUCGUUGGAAAUUGCAUCCUGGUUAUAUGCAUACUUUUGGUAUAACCGAAAAUUAUUUUGUAAUAGUCGAACAACCACUAUCGAUUUCAUUACCCGAGUUUAUUAAAGCUCACGUUUGUAAUCAGAAUUUAUCGGCUUGCCUCAAAUGGUUCGAAGAUAAACCCACCAUAUUUCAUUUAGUAGAUCGUAAAACGGGUCAGGAGACUCAUACCUUCGAAUCGGAAGCAUUUUUCUUUUUGCACAUUAUCAAUCAGUAUGAAGAGGAUAAUUAUGUGGUUAUAGAUAUUUGCUGCUAUAAGGAUCCGGAAAUGAUAAAUUGCAUGUAUUUGGAAUCGAUUAUGAAUAUGCAAUCUAAUCCCGAUUAUGCUUCAUUGUUUCGUGGACGUCCUUUGCGAUUUGUUUUGCCUUUAGGCAAUACUGGAUCAAGUACAAAAAAUCCACACAAAUUAAGUCAAAAACGUCGUCUUUUAAAAUCGUUUACACUAUCGGGCAUUAGUUCUCGUUUGCAUCAGCCCAAAUUGAAACAUUCUCAAUCACAAAAUGAAGAUAUAACAUUUAUGACGACAAAUCUUCGCACGUCAACGAAUGAUUUGAGCAACAAUAAUGAAGAUUCUAGUGCAGAAGCUCCUGAGAAUAUAAAAUAUGAAUCUUUGGUAAAUUUAGUGAACUUAGCGAACAGUCAGGCUGAAGCUUAUGAAAUGCCAAAUAGACAGAUUUUCGUUCGACCGGAGUUAUUAUGCGACUGGGGCUGUGAGACACCGCGUAUUAAUUAUGAGAAUUAUUUGGCUAAAAAAUAUCAAUAUUUUUAUGCUAUAAGUUCCGAUGUGGAUGCAGACAAUCCAGGAACGCUCAUCAAAGUUGAUGUUGUUAAUAAAACCUGUAAAAAAUGGUGCGAAGAUAAUUGUUAUCCCAGUGAACCGAUAUUUGUAUCUGCACCCAGCGCACGCGAUGAAGAUGAUGGUGUUGUUUUAGCGUCAAUGGUAUGGGGUGGUUUCAAUGAGAACAAAGUGGGUUUAUUGGUGCUGUGCGCCAAGACAUGGAAUGAAAUAGGAAGAUGUGAAUUUCAUACAUCGGGACCGGUGCCCAAGUGUUUACAUGGCUGGUAUGCCAAAGAUGUAGUUUAGAUUAAACUUUAACUUAAUAGAAAAUUGUUGUUUCGUACUUUUGUCUUUUUUUUAGUUAAUAAAAAUUAAGUUUUAUUAAAUUAAAAUUUCAUAUUAAUGAUAUUGUAAAUAAAUUCCUCCCAUUUCUUUUGGAA